UAAUUAGUUGAAGUCUUUAUUUUCAAUUAUAAUAAUACUAGUUACUUUGUCUUAAAAUUAUAUAUUUGAACACAGAUGACUCUUAGCCAAGAUAGCAACCAUAUAAAAUGGAUUUGUUAUUUUAUAUGAGCAGGUAACACUUACUAUAAAACAUCUCAGAAUACAUAGUCAAGGAUUUAUUGCACUAGUUAUGAAAAUGAAUUAUGAAUAAAUAACUUAUGCUUUUUGAAAUUUUAUCCAGGAUUGAAAAAUCCAAAGUGGCUGCCAUUUUCUGGAUUCAAGACAUACAAUAUUUUGAUUUGCUUGUUAAAAACAUCUAAUUAAAUGAUGAACAAAUUCAAAAUACACGUAUUUUGAUAAUUCUAUAGUGUAUUGCAAUAUCUUUUUCCUACUUAGAAACUUCAUUUUGCCUAAAAUUGGAUAUUUUAGCUCUUAAUUUGUUAUUGGAAUUUCACUUCAGAUAUGCAAAACCUGAUGGCUAUGCUUCUGUCAGUUGUUUGAGCAAGUCUGAGAUGGGUGAGACUGGUUAUCUUGAAGAUGGUCAAAUAAGGGAUAAGUUGCUUGGUUAUGCCCGUGAUUUUGUCUUCAUGUUGGAUGAAGAAGACUAUCAUCCAUUGCCUUCCCUUUAUUAUGAAGUAACUCUGAACUCAGCAACUGAAAUUCCAUUUGUCUUUGGUCUGAGUUCCAUGGCAGAGUGGCAUUUACCUCCACAGCAAGUGACAUGCACUGUACACAGCAAGCAACUGGAACUGCCCAGUGGAAAUAUGUUACAGUUGGAGCCAUCAGAUUUGAAUCCCUUGACAGUGGGUUGUGGAUUACUGCUGCCUCAUGGAGCAGUGUUUUUUACUGUCAAUGGAAGACCUCUUAAAUCAUUGUUUCCAUUCCAAACAGAGGAAUUAGGACAAGAUCCGCUUGUUCCAUUUUUGAAUUCUUUUCAAAUAGAAUUGAAUUUAGGAGACACCUAUUUUAUGUUUGGGAAGGCAAAUGAGAGAGAGAACCGGUUAAGCAUGGCAGCUUUGCUACAUGACUACCAAGACACAAGAACAAACAGAGUGAAAAAGGAAACCAGAUAUUAGAUUCCUUCAAUUUAUUCAACUGUAUUUUUAUCAAAGAUAACGUGUGUUAUGGUCAAAAGUAUAAUGGAGAGAUGGCAUUUUUACACAUUUAUUUUGGCAAUGUUAAUCCCGAAAUGUUUUUGUUUUACUUCAGUUUUGCUUAUAUUUAUAUCUUUAUUGUAACAGAAAAGCAGGCUCUUUUCAAACAUCAGCAUGAUCUGUUUAUUUUUACAAACUUGAUUGUUUUUGUUCUCUUUGUAUUUUUGCAAUGUUUUGCUGUGUCUGCCAGUUUUGCAUAAGCCUAUGAAAAUUGUAGUUGUAGAGCAUUCUGGGGAGCAUUGUAAAUAUUUGUUAAAUGUGCAAAAUAUUCUAUUUAUUUGUACAAAUUGAUUUUGUGAUAAUUUGGGGGUUUACAAAUCCACAAUUCAUUUAUAUAUUCAUUGGUCACACCAUGUGUUUAUUGUUAAAUAAAAUGUGUCACUGCAUGAGCAUCAUUAAUACCCUGAUAAGAGGCCAAAAAAGUAUGUAAUAUUCAGUGUUAUUUCUGUGCUAAUGAGUUCCUCUUAGCACCCACAGCAUGUGUUGUCCUGGUAACAAAUGUAAUGUUGACUGCAACCAUGCACCUUGUUAUUCCUUUGUAAUGACGCUCACUGGUCCAGGGGGCAUAUUAUCACCAAUCACCUGUUACCAGGAACAUAUCGUUAACUAGAAAAGCACUCGGAAAACGCAACUUCCUACAAGACAAAUAAUAAAUUAGUAAUUACCUAUUACUUAAGGUAGUGUCCUUAUGCUACUGUGCAACAACGUCAUACAUUAACAUCUUUUUGUUGCGCAUUGCGUCAGCAGCUAUAGCUGGCAAUCUGGUGAUGUAGCAGUACACAAAAAUUGAAGUUAACAGGCUGGCUAAAAUUGCUUCACAAAUGCUUUUCAAUUAUGGAAAUCCUUGAUCUAUAUUUAAACAUAAAGUCAACAGAUAUUGUGGUGAGUUUGAAAAUGCUUUGCUUGCAAAGUAAACUUUGAAAAUGUACUAAAAAUUGGAAAAAAUCAGUUUUAUCCUAAAACAAGUUGCCAUAGCAACAAAAGGUACAAGUGUACCUAUCAAUUUUUUUUUCAUUCAUGUCUGCCAUAUAAACUGAAACUCCGUGUAAGUGAUAUGGACAAUAAAAGCACUUCAUCUGUGAAGAAAAUUGAAAAUAUGUGCAAAAUUAAUUUAAGUUUCCCAAAGGGCUCAACAGUAAUUGAAAUCGGAGUUCCAAUCACCAUUGCAACAAAAUUAACAAGGGUACCUGUCAUUUUAAAUAUCUUAAUAUGGAUGCAAUAGUGUAAACUAUGGAUGUAAAAAAAAUUAUUUAAGAAAACAUAUAUAUAUAUCCCGCAGACAUUAAUAUCAUUAAGACAUUCCCUUAUUAAUUAAUCAUCACCAAAAUCUAAUCAUAUCUUCCUUGGCCCAUUAAUGACCUAUCCUGAAAAUUUCACCAAAACCAGUACAUAAUGAAUCCAUGGUUUGAUUUAUUUCAUAUCACCAAAAUUUAAUCAUUUCAUCCUUGGCCCAUUUGUGACCUAUCCUGAAAGUUUCAUCAAAAUCUGUCUGUGCCUUUUUGCGAAAUGCUCUCCACAGAUAAACCCACAAACUUAUGGGAAUAAGCAUAGCUGCCUUGUGAGAGGUAAUA